AUGAGUGUGUUUUUCCUCUAAAAUCGGGGUCAGGGUCUUUCCAUCCUGACAAUUCUAAUUGUUCAAAGUACAAAAACUGCAUUUAUUUUCAUUCAACAUACUUAAAUUUUUUCAAUUAUUGCAAAAAUGUAUCGGUCGCCAUAUUAUUUUAGAUGAGAGACAUAAAUAAACAGAAGUAUAAAUGUCAACAACAAAAAUUGCACAUUUGGUGUAAACAGUAUUACGAAAAUAUGUAAAAACUGGUUAAAAUGCAUAAAUCUGAUGCUGAGUGUUCCUAAGUACUUCCUACUUAUGAGAUACUUUUGAACUGGGAAUAUCAAGGAAACUACCUUACAUUAGAAGUACAAUAAAGCAAAUGCCUGAAUGAAGAGACCCGAGAAGGAGUUAUUGCCCUUGUCAACAAUUUUUAAAGAUUGAAUAAUUGAUUAAAUAAAGGAAAUAUGCAUUUUAAAUUUUCUUUUACUUUACAAUAUUUAUCAGUACACCUAUUGAAAAGCAUUCCUCCAAAAGAUAUUGUUCUAUCAGUUAUUAAUCUAAACUAAAAACAGUUUUUGCAAAAAAAAAAAACUUAUGACAUCAUAGGAGGGUGGAAUAACCUUAAGUGAUUGAAACAAUUCUUAGUUUCUUGUUUAAAGUCUCUAACUCAUAUUUAAACGCCCCACUUGUCGAGACAGGGUUGCAAAUUCAUACCUAUACUUGGCAAUCAAGAUCAUUGAGCAUUGGGGGAUCUUUUUCGUGCCAAGACCUAUAUAGCCACUUCUAAAGAUCUCUUACUUUACAUGUAUAUCGUCUCUUCAUAAGGACAGGUCUCCACGUCCAGCAUUGGUUUCGAACCCACGACAUAAGGAUCGGCUCUUUACUUCACGACUCUUAAAGCACGUACGUUUUAACCAUAGUGAAAUGCGGGAGACUAGAAAUAAUUGAAAUUAGAAUAAAAAUCAUCAAAAAAUAAUUUAUUUUAUACUAAUUGCGAUUGUGUGUCUUGAGUCUAGAUCCCCAAUUUUAACAACAAUUUACUAUUGUUACUAAAGUAUCGUUGACUAUAAAUAAUUAUAGUAGAUGCUUUGAUUAACCAUCGACUUUUUGAGAUUGUAUGCCUCUUUAAUUACAAAUCUAUUAAAUUAAAAUGAAAUAUCAGAAUUCAAAAUCCAUACAAUAAAACACUUGGACAGUUUACCUGGAUUAGAUGUUCAGUAUAGUUUCAUUCAAAAUUCAACUCUAUGAAAACUGCGAUAGAGAUUAUAAUUCAUUUUAUCUUUAUUAAAUAAACAUGUAAUUGAUCGAGUAAUUUCCUUGAUUCAGAUUGAUUGACUUUUCAUAAAUACAAAUAUUAUAAGAGAGGGAAAUGAUCCUGUCUGAAAACACAUUUGUUGAUUUUUCAAAUCUUGCAUUGCAUAUUUUCAUAUUUGUGCAUGAAAUAGUUUUACAGGAGUUCAAGGAAAUUAAACGCCAACGUUUUGUGUUUCUUUUUUUUCGUUCCAAUACACGUAUUCAAAGCUUGAAUUUUUAUAACAAUAUUACCAAUAAUUUAUUUUUGUAAUGAAAUACUGCGUUAUCAUUGCUCUGUUGGUAAAAGGAAUUGGACUGUGUAUAAAUACUUCAGGAAUUUGUUCAAAGAGCGGGGAACCCUUGACAUGCUGUGAAAACUACCGCAAAAUUGGUGAAGCUUGCGAAGAAUGUUGGCCAGGAACGCAUAGUUUUAACUGCACCCCAUGCCCUCCAGGUUUUUACGGAAAGCUCUGUAGAGAAUCAUGUAUUAACUGUACACAGUGUCACCCCGUUACUGGCUGUGCUCCAACUGAAAGUUAUGAUGAGAAUACUACAUAUAAUUCUGCUGAUACAUCAACAAGAGUACAUUUUUUCAACCAAGGCAAUGUUUGGUUAGCUUUGUCGGUGACUAUAGCCUGCAGUGUUAGUUUUACAGUUUCUAUCCUUAUAUGUUGUAAACUAAGGAAGUGUACAUCGAAACAAUGCCAAGAUAAUCAAGAGUCAGAAAAAUCAUCUCCAGAGAUGCAGAUGCGUAAUUCAGCUAACUUGUUAACACGAGAAAAUAAACCAGGGUUGCGCUUACAAAACAAGUAUCAUGACACAAAUAUGGAAUACGGUCAAUUUGAAGACUUUGGACCCUAUGACAUAUUAAAUUUGAAAAUCGGAAAAGACUCAGGAAAAGCUUAGAAUGUUUCCUGCAUGUUUAUGAGUUUCUCAAAACCAUCCUUACUUAGUAUUCGUCGAAGUGUCUACUUCUGAAGCGAGAAUGAGACGAAAAGAAAACAACUCUCGAAGAAGAUCUUACAUUUAGGGUGAUACGUUAAAAAAAUUUGAUUUUGCUUUUUAAGUUCAUUGUGGCCGAGAUUAUUGUGACUUCUGUGACGUCGCACAUGUAUACAUGUACAAGUUAACGGACAUGAACCUCCCUAUAAAUUGUUUUGAUAUUUCCUUCCCUCUAUAAUCAUGAUGUUUUUUAAAUUGUUCGCAAAUACUACCCAUCUCUAUUUUGAAUAUUGACUCACAUUUUCAUGCUCACUCCUCCAUGGCACCUGACCCCACCUCUGAUUUUUUGAAGGUCCGAGUUUGCUCUUCUUCUAUUAUGUAUUGCUUAGUGCACUUUGAUCCUGAAUACUGUUCGUUAUCUCCAUAGGUUUUAUACAAUUCUUAAAAUGUUAUUUUGGCAAUGAAUUGCUUAAUUUCUGUUUAGUACACUUUCCCCUGAAUUUAAAUACCGGUAUCCGAUCUCUUUUUUGGUUCAAUCUUAUAUUAGAGCCGUCGCCCGCGUGGCGCAGCGUUUUAGAGAUUUUGCUCUAGAGUCGCGAAGUAAGGAGUUGAUCCUUAAGUCGCCGGUUCGAAUCCCAAUGUGGAACAUAGAGACCGGUCCUUCGGAAGUCACCGUAUUCGAGGACCCAUGCUGCAGUGGGUGCUUGCACGAAAAAGAUCCCUCACUGCUCUAUGGCCCUGAGUGCCGAGUAUAGGACAAAAUUUGCCACCGUCAAGUUGUGGCGUCUCCAUAUGAUCAUGAGGAAAAAUUCUCCAGAGGGACGUUAAACAAUAUACAAUAAAUCAGUCAAUAUAUUAGAAUUAAAUUCAAUUAAAAUCUGAUAUGCAAAGAACAAAUUAUUGUAAUCCUUAAUGGCAAAUAUUAAGAUACAAACAGUCCUUUUUAAAGUUAACAUUAAACUUGCUUUUUGAUUUUCUAUCAGAUGACCCGUCUCAGGAAUAACAACACAUUGCACUUUAGAUUGUUGUGAAUUUUUAUAUAGAAAUUGUUAGACUUUACUUUUGCCUUGAAUUGUUUAUUGGAUUUUACGUUUACCUUAUCAUAACAAGAAGCACAACGUUGUUGUGAUCAGAAGACAAGUGAUGUUAAGGCCUAUAUGAUAUCCUGAUCCCAUCGCUCGAUUAUAUGUUCUUAGAUGUCCAUCUUAUCGUUUUCUCCCAUUACAUAUAGUUUCAAAGGGGUUUUCACUGGUCGUUAUUUUCAUAUUUCAUAGCACUUUAUGGUCGCCUGCGUGGCGCAGUGGUUAGAGGUUCUGCUCUAGAGUCGCGAAGUUAGGAGUCGCAUGUUCUAAUCCUACUGUGGGACGUGGAGACCGGUCCUUUAGAAGAGACAUAUAAACAGAGGUCCCGUGUCGCAGUAGGUGCUGGCACAAAAAAGCUCCCUCAGUGCUCAAUGGCCCUUAGUGCCGAGUAUAUGACUAAAUUUGUAGCUCUUCACCGGCAAGUGAUGGCGUCUACAUAUGAGUGAAAAAUUCUCAAAAGGGACAUUUAACAACAUACAGUCAUAUAUUUUUUUAUGGAAAAUAUGCAUGAUAUAUACGAUUUUGAUAGCAAUAUGUUGUACUCUCCUACAGACACUAUUUGCUAGUAAAUAGUUAAAAUAUCGUGAAACCGGAAGGGGGCUAGGGACAUUAACUUGAUACAACUUCUGAUUUAAGAAAUUGGUAUUUGGUUGGUACACAAUUUAUAUUGUUUGAUUGAU